AUGGAAGCUCGCGACCCAUCCCUCCCGCUACAAGCUUCGAAUCAUUCCGCGCCUGCAGUCACCCAAGGAGCUAUGCGUGACGAGUCCCCGCCGCGCACGCCUACCCAGCACAAGGGCAAGGCUCCAAUGCGCGCCCUGGACACCCGCUCCGCCGCCCACGCGACGACCUUCUUCGACGAUGACACGCCGGUAGACAAAAGACGCAGCGGAGCCACCGAGCUGUCAAUCACGUCGCGCGACUCGCACGACCUUCACUUCAGGGACGUGACGCGGGAGUCGGUCGUCGACAACAUGCUGCUCUCGCUCGACAGCCUCCACAACCCCGGCACGAGCGGUGCCAUGCACUUCGGCCUCUACAACGGCUUCAACGACGACGACGACGCCGACGACCAGCCCUUCCAGUCCUCCGUCUCGCGCUUCUCUCCGCCCCCGCACUUCCGCGGCCCUCAGCACAACCAUGCGCCCGCAGACUACGACCCUCACGGUGACCCCUCUUCCCGAUACCCGCACCACCACCUCCGUGGCCGCCGUAGCAACAGCACCAGCAACUUCCGCUCCGAUCUGGACAGAAUCGAGACUGUGGGGUCCAGGGGCUAUGGGUCGGCAAGGAUGAGCUCCGACACUGCCCGGAAACCGCUGUACGGCGAGGGCAGCGUUGCGCAGCAUUCAAGAGGACAGGGCAGAAAAGGCAGCUCUUCAUCCAGUGUGGACUAUGGCUACAGCACUCAGGUUCUCCCUCCGGGCUCGAGGCAUACGAACCGGUCGGCCAGCUUCGAUAACGGCUAUAACGGUCGGCCGUUUGGCAGUGACGAGAUGUCGCCUACCUCGGCGUACGACUCCGUCCUGAACAGAGGCAGACCGAAUGUCUUUGACUUCCCGGCCUACGAUGCUGCGCCCACGCCAACCAUCCCGACCAGACCGCGUAGGUUUGAAGACCUUCCACCGUCGUCACCAGGCUACGACUAUGCCCCUCAACAGUCGCCGUUCGGCUCCCUGCCAGUCCAUAUUCCCGCCGUUCCGGCACCGGCGUCAAGGCGAAACAGCAUCCGUUCGUCGUCAAGCAAGGGGCCCUGGAACAGCAAGGCACGGGGCCCAGACGCGAGCAUCCGGGCCCAGGCGACCGAAUUCGUCAACGCGGUCAAUAUUCGAGAACUCCCGCCAAUCCCUGCCUUCGCCGAUAACACGACACCAAGCAAGCCGUCGACGCCACAAACCAAAGAGCCACCCAAGGAGCGCCGUGGGUUCUUCAGUCGUGUGUUCGGAGGCGGCAGGAGCCAGCCGCCCCAGGAACCCCGCGCAACGCCACAGCUAGCACCUCUCGACGUCCGCUCUCCAGAGCAGGCGAAACGCCCCUCCACGACACCUGCACAGCACAACUCUCCGCAAAUCGGACCCCGGGCACCGACUCGCUCAGGCCCGACGUCAACACCGCAAAAACAGCCCGCAGAGCCCCCGCAGCCAAGGACACUCACCAAGAAAAACUCUUCCUUUUUCCGCAGGCGAAAGAAGUCUGUGACUGAAGAACCCUUGCCACCCCCGGUGCCUGUACAAGUCCAGCGUGCAGGUGAUAUUGGGACCUCGGUGCUACCAAGCCCGGCGGCAAGCAGCUUACGACAUGCGAUGAAGGAUUAUCUGAGUGACCAGCAGGCUGCAACUCCCCGCGAAGCGUUCUACGACACUAGGGAACUGCAGAGUCCCGUCGACGACGGCGACGACCACCACGGUGGGUUUUCACCUGAUUACACGCCCCACAGGGAUGCGACUAUCCGAACAGUCAAACCUGGCUCGCGUGGAACAGAUGACGGGCUGGCCCCUGCGGUCGACGAUAUUCAGGAUUUGCACAACCGCACCGUGGACACCCCGAAGUAUAAACUGAAGGUGAAGCGUGGACAGGGGGCAGCUGGUAGAGCGAACGACGACUCUUCGUUCCUCGCCGACAGCAGCGAGCAAGAGGACAAAACCAGCAAUCUCUCAACAUCAAAAGGUCAAACCAUGUCCGUGCCUGAGCAGUCCAGAAGACCUGCCACCAGCCCGACGGCGUCAUCGGCCAUUCAAAACACAUCAUCAGGGAAGGAGGGCCUGGGAGCUCGACAGAGAGCAAACGUUGGAGAGAAGAGGACAGAUGCGCACCCGAGCUCGUCGGCGGCGCAGAAUUCGUCUGCGUUCGCCGAAGGCAGUGGCUAUGAUGAGGACGGCUGGGUCGUUACGACACCGUCCAGAAGGGGGACCGUUGACAGUGACAUCAAUGGCAAGAAUAGCCGAGUCUGGCUCGAACCGACGUCUUCGGAAGAGAAACUCGACGAACAAACCUCCCUUUCCCUGCCCCUGGAAGGCGCCAAGUCUUCGCUAGGAAACCAGCAGUCUCCUGCCGAUCGCUCGCCCAUCACUCCCAGCGACGCCUAUCAAUCCGCAUCGAGCCUCCCUAUUGUGCAGGUUGAGGGCGGCGAUGUCAGGACCUCGGCAGAGGUAGAACGCACAGCGCCUGUCGCGAACAGCGAAGAGCCAACGGACGAGGACCGUGAGAAGGCGCAGCAAAUUUACGAUGGCGACGAGAGUUUCCUUGCGAAGGGCAGGUCUGCAGCAUGGCUUGGCGGGAAUACCGCCAUCAGUGCGCGUUGUCGGAAGGCUUACAUGGAAAUUUACGAGUGGACCGGAUUCAGCAUUCUGCUCGCCAUGCGAGAUCUUUGCAACAGGCUGGUUUUGAAAGGAGAGACGCAAGAGGUGGACCGAGUUCUGGAUUCGUUCGCUAAUAGAUGGUGCGAAUGUAAUCCAAACCACGGGUUCAAGUCGCCAGGCGCGGUUCACACUAUCUGCUACUCAUUGCUUCUCUUGAACACAGAUCUCCACAUGGCGGAUAUCGAAUCGAGGAUGACUCGGAGUCAAUUCGUGAAGAAUACCCUACCGACUAUUCGCAGCGUUGUUGAUGCCGAGUUGGAAGAAGCCGAGGAGAACGCACACAACACCCAAUCCCGGAGCCAAACCCCCGUGGAUGAUUCCUCCAUGCCUGUAUCGCCAACAUUUGAGAAUAGGCAGAGACCGUCCGUGGACCUUACCAGCAAGAGGUCAAAGAAUCGCCUGUCAAUCCGGCCAGCCAUGGGUCUUCGCACGGACUCGGACGGCAACCCCACGAAUCCGGAUGCUGGGGCUGGUGAUGCAUGCACUGUCCUAGUCAAGGCUCCAUUUGAGGGCUCGAUGAAGAAUUGGGAGUUCCAGGUUGAAAUCGUCCUAAAAGAGUUCUACAGCUCGAUCAAGCACCAAAAGCUUCCAUUGCACGGCGUCGACAGUACUCCUGCACAGUCAUCGAACAAUCUUUCGGUUGCUGGGGUACUCAGGCGCACACCGUCCGUUCUCAGCAAAGCUCCUUCGGAUACCACGAGUUACCGCGGCCGUCAUAGCGAGUUCCGUUCAGCAACUGCUCGAUGGAAUUCGAAGACUCGGUCGAGGCCGAAGCUAUACCCGAACUCGACGAUUGGAUCAAGCCGGACCAGCUUGGACGAUCAAUCUGUUUUCAGCCCAGCUGGUUCGAGCAAGUGGAGCACUUAUUCCAUGGGCAAAACCGGCACCUCCAUGUCUGUGGACUCGUUGGGAACACACUUUGCUGCUCCUGACUAUCAGCAGUCUAUUGGAUUUGCAAAUGCGCUCAGUCAGGCCAUCAUCCGUGAGGGAAAUGAGGAGAAUCACACCAUUGCAAGCUAUGAGGAAUCUGGCCGUACUGCUCCCCUCCUGGAAGAUGAAUCUCUUGAGCUUCACGGCCCACCGUGGGCUAAGGAAGGUAUCCUGAAGCACAAACAUCACCUUGAGGCCAUGGACAAGAAGUCCAAGGACCGCCAUUGGAAUGAGGUCUUUGCGGUUAUUGAGAAGGGAUACAUGAAGAUUUUCACCUUCAACAUGAAUGCCAAGGCUGCCAGGUCGAAGGCGAAGAGAAGGCCUUCUGCGGGCGGUGUCGUAGGCGGUGGUAACUGGGCGGACAACGCAGAGGAACUCCACUCUUUCUUGCUUCGACAAACCAUGGCUAGCACCUUGCCACCUCCGGGGUACUCCAAGACCAGGCCGCACGUGUUUGCGCUGUCGCUACCCACUGGUGCGGUACACCUCUUCCAAGCCGGCACCACAGACAUUGUGAAGGAAUAUGUUCAGACGGCAAACUACUGGUCCGCGCGCCUGUCGAAGGAACCUCUUGUUGGCGGCGUCAGCAACAUCGAAUACGGUUGGAGUGACAACGUUAUCAAUACUGCACUCAUCGGCAGACCAGAGAGCUCCCCGACGACAAUCGGCAAUGCUGGAGCGCCUCGGCAGAGCAUCCAAAGUUCUAUUCGCAGCUCCAUGGAUCAUGGCACAAUGAAGCCGCGGCUUCCCGGUGACAAGGUCGUCCUUUCUGAUUAUAAACCACCGACUCAGAGCAUGAUGGCGAGCAACCUCAUGGAAGUCGAUCAGCACAAGGCUCUGUCGGCGUAUGUUAAGAACGUCGAGGAGGAGAUGCAGAGACACCAGGAGCUGAGGGCACCCUUGAUGAUUGCUUUCUCUCCCCGUCAUCCGAAUGCCGCGAAGGCCAUGGCCAACUUCGAAAAGAAGUCGGCCUACCUUUUGCGUGAGCUAGUCAAGUUCAAGACUUAUAUCGAUGCGCUCGACUACGCCAAUGAGACGAGGGACAGGAUCUACAAAGAGCGCGAGGAGCGUCUGAAGGCCGAAGAGGAGGCGAAGAGGGAAGAAGAGCAGGGCGACGAGGAGGCAGCAAAGGACGAGGAUGACAUGUCCGCCACUGCUCUCGCCCAAUCCUAUAGCAGCCUCCUGAGUGCUUUCGAUUCUCCACAGCGCUAA